AUGUGGAAGUGUGGGUUGUGGGUUCUGUAUGCCAGCACGUUGUUCAAACCCUCUUCGAGCUGCUAUCAGUGCUUUGUGGAGGUUGAAGACAGCAUACGUCUGUGUUGGGGACACGUCCUCACCGAAUACAACAUUCGAAAUGUAGACUCGUGCUUUAAAAAACUAGAGAAUAUAUUCAAUAACAACCAGAAAGUGAUUGAGGCAGGACGAGUUGGGAAAGGUUAUGAUCAGAAGCUGAAGGAGAUCCUAAAUGCUGAGAUCAUGCCCAUGGCGGAGGAAUUUGACAAGAAGAUGAAUGAUGACACAGUAUAUGACGAGAGGUUACUGACAGCUGCAGACAAUUUCAUUGCGGCUGCCUUCAAACUGCCUCGAGCUUCUGGAUGUUUCCCUCCAUGUGGUUUUCAGACUUCUGGUUAUGUCUACAACUGUAUCACCUGUCAGUAUGACUCCUGUGAGUUCCCACUUGACUGUCCAACAAAGAACAUCACAGUCAUGGAGAACAACCGGACACAGAUGAGGUGUGACGUCCCCUUUCCCCUGCCUUAUGAAAUGAAAGUGGUCUGGAGGUUUGCAGAGGAGAUCAGGACCCAGCAGGUGGAUCAGUUUGAGGAGGUGACAGUAGGGAUAGACCGGCUCUACUCUAUCCCCUCAGCUGGUCUGCGACACCAGGGUACAUACCAGUGUGAGAUCUACUCUGAACAGCGCUCUUUAGUCAGACUUUACUACCACCUCAUAGUCAUCCCCCAGGUGGUUGUAGGCCACAGUGAGCUGCAGGAGAUAUUUGAUCUGUCACUGCUUCCAGGGGGCCAAAUUGUCCCUGUGCCUGGUGGAUGGUCCCUUGCCCUCCUCCGUCUCCCCCCUCCCUCUCUCCUCACGGCCUGUCUGACUUCUCUGCUGCUGCUGCUCUUCCUCUCCCUGGGGAUUCUGCACUGGUGGUCGAUAAAGAAAGAGAAGAGUGAUGUGGAGCAAGCUGAAGACGAUCCAGAUUCAAGGUGCCCAGUGCGGGAGAUUUAUCUACUGCAAUAAAAACGAGCAAUCGGUCUUUAGCUGGUUUCACCACUAGAGGGCGAUAAGCACAUGUUAAUAUCUGUAACUUCAGUGCUUUAAGGCUGGAGUCAUUAAAGAUCGGUUGCCUUUA